UGUCAACUUGGCUUUGAUUUCAUUCGAGCCAAAGAGCCGGGUAAUAGAAAAAUAAAAAUCUUAUUCCGGAUCCCGGGAAGAAAUUUAAUAUUUCAAAUCUAGAAAAAUGUAUGACAUCAAUCACAAAACUAUCUUUGUGCUCGACCAUACACAAUAUUUCAGCAUAUCCAGCGAGGAUUAUAUUGAUUUGGAUUUUCUCAAAGGCAAAACAUCGAGCGAUGUCGCAUUUCCACAAUUUGCCAAAAGUUUAUGGACAUCUUCGGUGGAGGCUUCUGUUGAAUAUUGUCGCAUUGUUUGGGAUCUAUUUCCAAAAGGAAAGCUGAUUCGCUUCAUUGUGAGCGAUACUGCGGCUCAUAUAGUCAACACUUGGGGAUUAACCACUCAGAAUAUGUCACACGUCCUCAAUGCCAUGGCCAUGGUUGGAGUACCACAACGCAAUACACCUCAGUCUUCUGACUUCUCCGUGAUUCAUGGUCUAAGAGCAGCAAUCGAAGCUUUAGCUGAACCUACACUGCAUCAAAAGGACCUUCAGGCUGAACUGGGAGAGACCACCAAGGUGCCGAACAAAGGUCGUGUCAUAUGCAUAACAUCAGCUCGUGACAAUCCCAGUAUGAAGAGUCUUGAGGAUAUUUUCCAUACAGUUCUCAUGCAACAGAACACAGUGGCAGCGACCCAAAAUAAAUUCCUACACAUUGAUCACUGUCAUUUGGUUAUUAUAAAUGUAGUCCCUCUGAAUAUGGAGUCUCUAGUCACAAAUCGAGCCUUACGUGAAAUAUCUCCAGCAUUAUCGACUGAACUACACUCCACAAGUGCCCCGUCUAUUUCGAACAAAUUAACUCAUUUAAUUUUAUCACACUACAACUUGGCCAGCACGACCGUCACUGGGAUUCCCAUGAAGGAGGAACAAAAUGCCAAUUCAAGUGCUAACUAUGAUGUGGAAAUUCUGCAUGCUAAGAAUGCACACACAAUCAUCUGCGGAUCAGAGGCAUUGCUGCCGACAAGUGUAAAGGAAGGGGCUGAGUACAAUACGGUUACAUUAAAAUGGUGUACGCCACGAGGAUUUGGUGCAUCCGAUAUGCAGCCCUGUUUGGCUAUGCAUAGAGUUACUCCGGUGGAUGUUACUUCCAGACCGAGUUCUUGUUUGAUUAAUUUCUUACUGAAUGGUCGAUCUGUGCUACUGGAGAUGCCAAGGAAAACUGGUGGCAAACUAACCAGCCAUCUGCUCUCAGCCCGUGGUGGUGAAAUAUUCAUCCAUGCCUUACAAAUAACUCGCUCUUGUCUGGAAGAUCUCCCAUCGAUAUCCGAAGGUGCUGGCGGUCGUGUAACUGACUACCGAGUGAGUGAUUUUGGUGCCUUUAUUCGUGCCCAUAAAUUGUUUCCGAUGAAAGCUGUUCCUGAACAUCCACCUGAUGAAAAUCUAGAGCGGGCUCGAGCUAAAAUGUAUCGUCGUUCAAGAUAUUUUCCCCUCACGCUUAGCACAACAAUUGCCUACAAUGUUCGUUAUUUGGAUUAUUUGUUGAAGAGAAUCACAAAAGACGAAUUAGACGAAGCCGAUGUACUUCAAUGCAAACAAACAAUUUAUAAUGUUAUUGGUUCUGCAUCACGUGGAGAAGCAUUAGCUUUGCCUAACAUGGGAAAUAGACUGAAAGGAACGAAAAAAGACGAUCAAUACAAAUUACUUUGGUCCGAGUUAGAAGUCCUCAUUCAAAAUAGUGGAGACAGUCCACAACAUAAACAAAUUUUACAAAUCCUGCAAGAAUGUAGAUCAAGAAGUGCUGAGCCAACAGCAAAAUCAGAUUCGGAAAGUAGUCGAGACGCACCAAGAAAUAUAAUAAGAGCGACGACAGAUUCACCUCUAUCACCACCUCACAGUAUGGAAGGCAAUUUCUUAAGUAAAGCUAAAAGAAACCUUGCAUCAAAUGGUCAUAGAUCGUUGUUAGAUAUUUUUGUUUCGGCAGAAAAGAGUCAAAAUCAAAAGAGACUGGAUUUUACCGGCCGUAUGUGUACACCUAUUGGUCAAGUAGCAAAGCUUUAUCCAGAUCUUGGUAUGAAAGAUGCGGCAGUUAAAGACGAACCAGCACCCAAAUGAUCUAAAUUGGGUACUAUUAGAUAUAUUUUAUUUUAAAUCUAGAUAAUAAAUAACGAUUCAAUUUAAAACAAAAA